CAUAACAACUAACCUCAAAAAAUUCUUCUGCUGAAUUCUGGAUUUCUUAAAGGGAACUGUGAUUUAGGUUUGUGAAAUAAUUAGGUUAAAAAAGAGCAAUUGAGUUCAUGCAUAUUUUACAUUAACAAAUUUGCAAAAUGUCAUCGUUAUUACGAUCAACAAAGUUCGUUCGAUACUUUACUGGUGCGGCAAGAACCCUUAUUUUGAGUUCUUCCAAGACUGCUGAAGCCAAUUUACUAUUAAAUUCAAAAGCUGUUACAGCAGCUAAUAAUGUACUCUUGCGAGAUUAUGCAACCAAUAAGAAGGAAUCUCUUGAGCCUUUACUACAAAAAAUAGACUCGGAAGUUAAAAGAUUUGGACGGAUUACAAAACGGGACAUUGAUGAAGUAUUUGACGAAAUCAGAUCUAAAAAUGAUAUUACAAGUUCCCAAUCACUCCUCGUUAUCAGAUGCUGUGGUGAGCUUGUACCUGAAGAAUUGCCUGAACAAAGAACUUUACUGGUGCAAAAGAUAUGGAAUGUUCUUAAUGAAAGGGGUGUUCCUAUGGAUGUAUCUCAUUACAAUGCACUGUUGAGAGUUUAUCUUGAAAAUGAGCAUGCCUUUUCUCCUGCACAGUUUUUAGAAGAGAUGGAAAAGAAGGGUCUACAGCCUAACCGAGUCACAUACCAAAGAUUAAUGUGGCGCUACUGUCAAGAAGGAGAUGUAGAGGGAGCCACAAAAGUCCUUGAGAAGAUGAGAGAACUGAAUAUGCCUGUCUCCGAACCAGUGCUGAAUGCUUUGGUUAUGGGCCAUGCUUUCCAUGGUGAUACGGAUGGAGCUAAGGCGGUGUUGGAGACAAUGGCAGGAGCUGGUUUGUCACCUUCAAACAGAACCUAUGGACUGUUAGCGUGUGGCUAUGCCAAGAAGGGGGACAUUGAUGGGGUUGAAAAUGUAUUGGCAAUGGCAAAAGAAAAAGACAUCCUGCUGACAGACAGAGAUCUAUUGGACAUUAUUGAGCAUCUGGCUUUAGGAGGCCAUGAAGAAAAAAUGGAAAGAAUAUUCCCACAUUUACACAAAACCCUUGGCUACAAUCAAGAAGUGUGUAUUCUUGUCUACAAGCUUCUCAACAAUGGUCUUGAAUCAGCUGCUAGAAAAGUUGUUCAAACAAUGGCAAAAGUUGGCAACACUGAAGAUACAAUGUUUAAAGGAGCCUUUUAUGUCAAGCAUCUAGUAAAAUUGAAUAUACCGGUAGACAAAAUUAUACAGUCUUGCAGGGAACUACAGAGUGAAGGCAUAAUUCCGUCAGCGAUUUACAUAGCUACUGAAGCUUCUUUACAACUAGGAAAAUCAGAGUUGGCUCUAAAGCUUUUCAAGGAAUUCCAGAAAGAUGGAUAUGAAAUAAGACAGCACUAUUAUUGGCCUCUCUUAGCCCAGAAGGGUAAAGAAAGAGAUGAAGAAGGACUUUUGGAAAUUGUUAGGACCAUGUGCUAUGAAAACUUGAUACCAACGGGAGAAGCUAUCAGAGAUUAUAUAUUACCGCCUCUACUUAAAAAAGACACACCCCAGAAUGUUCUUCUUAAACUUCAAAUCACAAAUGUACCUAUCAUACAUGCUGCAAGAAAUGUAGUGGUGGAAUCACUGGAAAGGGGUGAAAUACAAGAAGCUGCAAAUAUAGCCCUACAAUAUCGACCGAGGGGGCAGUUUUCUCUAGUUGCACGGUCACUGAUAGGAGCCUUAAGUAAAACGAAGGACAUAAAAUCGUUUGCUCAAAUUUUACAUGUAACCAGUUCGAACUACCAACCAGCACAAGAAGAUGUAGGAGACGACUCACAAUCAGACGAUACUGAUAAUAGCAGUGAGGUCGGCCGUAUUGUGAAGAUUGGUGUUAAAGCUGUUGCUAAAGAUAAUUUAACAGAAGAACUCCUACGUGAAGUACUCUCUAAGGGGCUCAGAAUUAACACAGCAUCAGCUGAAGAUAUACAACUAUAUUUAGGAAAUGAACUAACAACCAAAAUAUCAGAAUUGCUUACGCAGUUAACAUCACAGGAUUUGGAAAUCGCUCCUCUCGAAAAUAGUAACGCCAGGAGACAAGCCCCUCGCACCUCAGCUGAAUUGGAGACCCUAAUCGAAAAACUAAAAGGAAAAGAAAAUGCUUACUUAAAUAAUCUGUACAAGCAGUUGCUCUCACUUUAUAUUCAGGAGAAGAAUGUUGACAAAGUAACAAAUUAUCUGCAACAGUUAAAAGAAGCAAACUUUGAAUUAUCAAAUGCUACUUUGGCACAACUGUUUGAAUUUUACUGUGAGAAUGGAGAAGUUGAAAAGGCCAAGGACAUCCAAGCUCAGCUGGCAGCUAAGAGUCCAGACUUUAACUUAAAUGGCUACAAAAAAAUACUAAUGGCAUAUGCACUGGUACGAGCCAACAAGUAUGAUGAAGCUAUGAAGUACCUCACGGAAAACAAAAGCCAAGACCCCGCGACCAAUAAUUACAUGGCAAAUUCAAAAGCAUGGCAAAUGCUCAAUGUUUUAGCUGAACAAAAGGAGGAUAAAUUGAUAAAGGAGAUGACAAGUUUACUUAUCGAAAAUUCAUAUGUAGAACCUAAUAAUGUUAUUCUUGGGCCGUCAAUUAAAGUUCAUAUUGUAAAAGACGACCUCGAUGCAGCACUCAAAGAGUUCGAGUACUGUUGUAAUCACUAUAGAAGUACACCUUGGAAAGGAGAACUCAUGAAGGCUUUGAUAAUGAAGGAAGAUGCGACUAAAUUGCAGUGGCUGGCUGACCUCAGCACUCAGAUCCAUGGUGAAGUCAAUAUACUACAUGACUUAGUUUUGGCGUUUGUGGAAUGUGGGCGAUUAAGGCAGGCUCGACGAAUUCUUGAAACUCCCGGUCUACAUACGAGAAACCGACGUCUUGAAGAUGCUUGCCAGAGAUAUGUUAACGAGGGUAAAUCGGAGUACCUAGAAGGCCUUUUGGAAGCGACCAAAGAACUGUCGCACAUCGAUCGCUCGAAGAUUUUCUAUCAUCUCCUAGUGACAUAUUGUAAAGCUGACGAAACAGAGAAGGCCCUGGGACUGUGGACAGUUUUACAGGAGGACGGGGAAGUCCCCAGCGACCAGUUCCUGGUAUACCUGGGCAAUCAUCUAAAAGCAAAAAGGAGGGACGUGCCCUUCGUGAUUCCUCAACAAACUCAACAGGAAAAACCAAGACAAGAGCCGGCGGUAAACAAAGAAACUGAGCAACAGAAGCAAACUUCUAGAGUUAACAUAACAGAAAAGCUUCAAAACCUCCUAGAUGAAGGGAAAAUUGACGACGCAUUUGAUUGUACACUUGUAGGCAUGAAAGAAGGCAACAUACCUAGAGCGACUGUCAUAAAGUAUUUACUCAAGAAGCUAGCAGAAAAUGGCAAUAUGGAAAAAAUCCAAGAAAUUGGUAACCACCUGUCGGAACCGAUGCUCAAAAAAGUAGCACAUGAGGACAAAUUGACUCUUGCCAAAUUCAACAGUGGAUCUGGUACUCAACACGUUGACCGAUUAUUUGCAUCCGCCGAAUCGCCAGAUGCAAACAAAAACAUAGAUGAAAUUGUCAGACAAUUCCCAAAAAGUGUUGCGUUAUCCAAAGUUGUACAAAGUCCAGACAUGUUGAGCAAAUGUGAAAAAAUUGCAGACAUCGCUGCUUCGAAAGGUUUUAAAUUGCCGGCGAAUUUGCUGUGGAUGGAGUUACUUCUGAGUGGCAAAGACACCGAGGCAAAUAAUAUUUGGAACAAACAUUUAGUAGAUUCAGACUCCGUUAUUUUCAGACGACUCCUUCAAGUGGCUCACGAGAGAAAACAACCGCAAAUUAUUGAAAAGAUGAUAGAAAAUCUAAACUCGAGCCCAAAAAUAUCAAACGCAUCCAAAGGGAACGCUUUCUCCAGAUUAAUUAAUUAUUACGUCGGUGAAAAUGAGCUACAGAAAGCAAAGGAAUGCUUAGAUCGUGCAUACGGUAUGGGCCUAACAUUGGAUGACAUAAACAAAACUAGUAUUGAUAGAUUGAACAAAGCACUUGGCAUUGUAUAAGAUUAACAAUAUUUAUAAACAUAGAUUUUUAUAAGUAUGUAGAUACCUGAUAAUUAUGAUAUUAUUAUCGAUGCGUUAGUUCUUCUUUAAAUAUUGAAUGACAUUUUUAAUAAUAACCGUUUUGAAAGUAAGAAAUAAUUUUAUGAAAAUCACUGUGGGAUUGCCAUCACCUUUUUUAGAACGAUAUUAUUAAAACUAAUUUUGGAUUAUUACUAUUGAAUUGUUUCUGUAAUAAGUAACACUGCAGUAUAUAUUGCAUUUACGUUAUGUCGGUAACUAUAAAAAGAAAAAGUACUUAUUGUGUCGUACUUUCCACCAUUAAA